AUGCUACUGCAGUGGUCCACCAGCAAGGUUGAUGGCGCGGUACUCUACAACAACGACAACUACGCCGACGCUUUUUAUCAAGACGCGAAUUAUUACGACUCGUUUGCGAAUCCAGAGAAUGAUGUGGGCAGCUCAGAUGCCGAGCAAGCAUUCAUGCGACAGGGCCGAAUGGACAAUGCGCAAGUUGAAGAAGGCCAAGAUGGGCCCGUUCAACAACUAGAUAAUCUACAGACCGGUGCAGAGUGGGAGCAAGAUGCGGGCGAACAGGAUAGAUUAUCUGAGAUGGAGAAAACAGAUCAGCUUGGUAUGACGGACGAUGAAGCAACGCAUUCGAAACGUGAGAUAAGCGACAACCACUACUCACAACGCUAUGGCCAGGAACAGCGGUCGGCAUACGUGUGUCACGGACAAACGCCCGAACAGCAAGCAUGUUUGGAUGCGGCGGUGAAGGAUACCAAGGAUACGAUUGAGCAUGUGACGUUGUUGAUAAAGCGCAUGCGCGAACAUGCAGUGGCAAUUGUAAAAGAGUUAAACGAACUGGAGGGAGAUUUUUUGGGCGCUUGUCAGGACGAACGAUCCAAGGCUGCUAAUCCGACUAAUCCAACCAAUCCAACUAAUCCAAAAAGGCCGCCGCAGAGUAAGGCUAAUUGUAAAGAGUUAUUUGGCCAUCGCGGCGAUAAUUCGUCUGGCGUGGGCUAUAUUGAUGUUACUGGCGGUUUUAAGCGCAUUGACACUGAUGGGGACAACAACAACAAUCAAAAUAAACUAAUCUAUGUGAGCACCAACAAUCGCAAUGAUAAUGACAAUGAAAACACCAACAAUCCGGUGCCGUCAAAUGGACAACGCGGCGAUUACAGCAACAGCGGCAACAAUCAAAACGUCAAUACCAACACAAAGUCAAAUUCAACAGGUGCGGCCACUAAGGCACGCAUACUUAUUAACGAAUUCGGUUUGCCAAUAAAAAGCGACGCAUCUGAUUUGCCACCCAGCGAAUUCCUAGAACAAGCGCAGUUUGCUGUGCACGCAUGGAAGAACCAAAUCGAGGAGUGCAAGCGGUUGCUCGAUGAACAGAUUUCUCGUGCAGCGCAGCAUCAGCCAACCGAUAACGUCGAUGGCCCCGUAACGAACGUUCAACAUAUCAUAAAAAUCAUUAAAGCUCCGGAAGAGACAGAGGAUGCACGCGAAGAUGGUGCCGCGCCGUCGGCGGAUGCUGCGACAACAGCUGUGCGUAGCACUAAAGAAAAUAGCAAUACCGUUAAUAAUAAUAACAAUAACUACUUCAACGAUGACAAUUCUGCUGUGUUGAAAGCAAGAAGUGGCAUGGCGACUGCGAUCAAAAAUGACGACAAAGCCGACAAUAAGCUCGCGAUUUCUCAUGAUAGCGCGGAGGCUGAAGUGAAUAGCGAUAACAAAAACGAUGCCGAUGGCGAUGUUAACGACCGCACGAAUAAUAAACGCAACGAGGAUGCGAAAAAGUGUCGCAGGGAUGACGACAAGAAGCACAGAGCUGUGCCACCGCUCCUGAGUGUGCUGCAGGGCAUGGGAUUUUAG